AUUCAUAGUAAUAUACACAUAUCAAUUCCUUAAAUAUUUUCACAAGACUUUCAAUACGAUGAAUGUAACAAGUGAUGAUUCCUCCACAAAGCAAUCUUUGAAUAACAAAGAUAAUAUAUUUCUUCCCACAGGCACAACUUGCACUCAAGAUGCUUUAUACAGAAUUGCAUUUCUGACGGCUAUUGCAAUAUUUCAGCUUCCAUUCGAGAGGAUAAAUGAAGAUUUAGUGCCAACUGUGAUAUUCACAAGAAAGCCUCUUCUCUUUCAAGCAUUUGUGUUUUCUCUCAUGUUUGCAUUCUCAGGUUCGAUGGCGUCGGAAUCCAUGAAGGAAAACCAGCCAAAGAUAGCAUUAUUAUGUCACAAGCUGGCGAUAUUUUCAGUAGCAGUGGCAGGGGGAGUAUUUGCCUUGUCGAGUUUACUAUCUUUUUAUAAUAUUGAGAUGGUGGAUGCUUCAGGUAACCCAAUCAUUGGUGCCUGAUUUAUUCUAGCUCUCACUGGUUGUUCAUGCAAACGCCAAGUCGCCAUAGCAGUGUGUUUUUGUCAAUGUAGACGUUCUACCUUUUUACAUACUCCACUUUGUUGUAUGAACCUAAUAUAAAAUAUAUGACUUGCUUGAAUA